ACACCCUGUGCAGGAUUCGGCAGAACCCUGGACUGUUGAGGGGCUCUGGAGCUGCGGGGGGGUGAGCGCGGUGGCGGCAGCCCAGGGAGUGGUCGGCUGGAGGGCCACAUACGUUCCCACAUCAGGUGGCUCGGGUCCGCGAUGGGCGCCUCGGUGUCGCCUGCCCUGGCUCCGUCCGUUACUGCUGCGCCUCUUUUGAACGACGCCUUCGUUUGGCUUCUCGUUUUCAUUCUCCCAGGGGCAGCCGAGUGAAGCAGCGGAAACAGAGACCUCGGUGCUGCGGCGUUUCCCAGCAGCGCCAGACCCGGGUGAAGGGCGGUCUCUGGUCUGCACCCCCGGACUCGUGUGAUCGGCUCAGCGCAGGCCCCGGUGGCGACUGACCCCAGGUCAACUUCCCAGCCGAGGCUGUUAAGAGGAAACCUGGCUGAGCAGGCAGAGUCACUCGGGAUGGUGGAGACCGAAGACCUCGUCCAGCUCCGGCUGCACAACCUGGGCCUCCUGAGGCGGCUGCGGGCUGGGCAGGCGGCUUUGCAGUGCGCUGUGGCCCAGGCAGUGUCUGAGUUGAGUGUAGACUCCAGCAGCAGCAGCAGCGACUCAGAGACGCCGCUGUCCCCAGAAACAUCCUCAGCCCGGUCGAGUGCCUCCUGCUCACAGGACCAGUGGCGCUUGUUGGGCCCCUGGGACACAGCCCAGGCCCACUCCAGGGUGUCCUCUCUGCCUCCUGCCAAGUGCCAACGCCCGGGGGCCCCGGGCCCUCUGAGGCCUCGCUCCGCACCCCUGCUAGCCACCAGUGACCUGCGGCAGCCAUCUACAGGGCAGGGUGACCGGGGGCUGCGGGAGGCCCGGGCCCUGGAGUCCAACCCAGCCCAGCAGAGCAGGCCAUGCAAGCCCCGAGUUACCUUCCGUGAGGAGUCCGCAGUGCCUGAGAGCAGCUGGCGCCUCCGUCCAUACCUGGGCUACGACUGGAUCGCAGGGUCCCUGGACAGCAGCUCACCGGUCAGCAGCAGGCCCAAGGCCUUCUUCUCCGCGCUGCAGGAGUUCCGGGAGGCGCACCGGGAGGAGUGCAUCCUCCGUCUGCACCAACCCCACCUCCAAGGCCGGGCGGGCGAGGACGCCGAGAAGGACCAUGAGUGCGUGUUCUCCUACGGCGUCAACCGGCGCCUGUUCCUGGUGCCCUCGGACCGGGGCGUCCCCUGCCACUUGUGUGGGACCCCACGGGACCAGCGGGGCCCUGAGACCCUGGAACAGCCCGCACAGGUCCAGGUCAGCGUCCCGCUCUCGGUCCUGGACCCUCCGCACCGGUACCGUGUCCACCGACGCAAGAGCUUUGACGCCUCCGACACGCUGGCCCUGCCCCAGGAGCGGGGUGUGGCCCCUAACUCUGCGCCCUCUGCAGCACUGUCUGCUGGGCUGGGACAUCGCCCCUCCAAAGCCCGAGAGAAGUGCGGGCCCCAAGAGCCUCGACCUCUGGUCCUCGGUCUCCUCUGUGGCCCCGCACCGGCAGCUGCUGGCUGCCAGCCAUUCUCGCCUGGCCUUACCAGAGCAGGCCCCGUGCCCGGCUCCGAUGUGGUCAGAGCCCUAGGUUCUGCCGGCCCUGCAGUGAAGCCCCGAGGAUGCCACCCGGAGGACAUUGCUGCCACCCCAGCGUCCUCUGCGGACCGCAUGCUGAGGAGGAGGAAGUCCCUGCCUACCUUGGGUCCAGAGAGUGGGGACUCGGGAGGGGGCGAGGGCUUCGGGGCCAGUUUGUAAUAAAGUCCAGCUCCUGCUCC